AUGACUCCAGAAAAUACUGAUACCAACUAUGGCACCGCGCGAUCAGAGUCCCAUGCCACCCCCUCCUCCACCCAACUCUCCGGUGCUGAAGCGUUGCCGGAAUUGAAAGCUCGACUUAAAUCUGGACUGAAAACGUAUCCAGAUUUUCCGAAGAAGGGCAUCGUAUUCGAAGAUAUCCUCCCUCUCUUUGCAUCACACGCUCUGCACCAGGACCUCAUCCGAGCGUACGAACUACAAAUCCUCGAAAUUUUCGGGCCCGAUAACAUCCCCGAUGUGAUUGUCGGUCUCGAUGCGAGAGGUUUUCUCUUCGGACCAACUCUGGCGUUGCGACUCGGAGCCGGGUUCGUCCCAGUUAGGAAAGUGGGCAAGCUCCCCGGCAAAAUCGAAACCGCAGAAUAUGAAAAAGAAUAUGGCACCGAUACGUUUGCCAUGCAGACUGACGCGAUUCAUCCUGGUCAGAAAGUCCUUGUCGUCGACGAUUUGAUCGCAACUGGCGGUUCUGCGUCAGCGGCUGGAACUCUGGUCGAAAAAUGUGGAGGAACUCUACUUGGCUACAUCUUUAUCAUCGAGCUUACCUUCCUCAAAGGUCGAGAGAAGCUCAAAGCUCCCGUUUACGCACUGCUGGAAAGUCAAUCAGAGUGA